AUGACAGCUGAAUCUGAUGAUGUUGGAGCUUUGUUCAAUAUAACGGUUUCGUUGUUCUUCCCAAUGGAAGAUUCACUUCUUUAUGUUGAGAUGGACAUUGAGGAAUGCCAUCAUCACAUAGACUCUGUGUUGAUAUGUUGUUCGAUUUCAUCUCGGUCUCAGGGAACGACUUAUGUCUAUAACUCUUUUCUCCGGCCAUAUGUUGCAAAACAUGAGACCGAAAUCGAUCGGAACUUGUUCGAAUUCAAGGUGAAAGCAAGGGAGGUUUGGUUUUUUUAUUGGGAUAAGGCAGUGAACUAUGGCGACGCAAGGUUUCACCACAUUUUGCAGUGUGUUUCUCCUCAAGAACCAUCGGUAACUGAAGAAGAGAAUCUGAGAAAAGCAGAAAUGGUUGGUUCAAGUAAGGCAUCUCUUACCGAAACCAAGCAGCAGUUGGAACAGCAUCAUCUUCCAGUUUCUCCCAGCUUGUCUGUGUCCCAGGAGCAAUCGACAACAAACGACGCACAAGAUUAUUCACCCACAUAUUCAACACCAUCAGUCGCUAAUGGGAACUCAAAUUCAUGCCAGGAACUACAAACAUCUUACAAGGGAACUGGAACCAAGCCUCGUCGCAUUUGGAGGAUUUUCAAUACAACUAAACCCCAUAAAAAUAGUUAG